GUGGCGUAGCUAUAAUAAUAAUAAGUAGUCAUCACUCCACUCCUCGUUCUCUCCUCCUAUCACGUGUUCCGCAUUCCCUAUUCCCUUUGAUCCCCCGAUCCCCUCUGCUCUGCUCAGAUCCGAUCCGAUCCACGCCGGCGGAUGGCGGCUGAGAAAUGGGUGCUCUCCGUGACGGCGCAGACGCCGACCAACAUCGCCGUCAUCAAGUACUGGGGGAAGCGCGACGAGGACAGGAUUCUUCCCAUUAACGACAGCAUUAGCGUCACUCUCGACCCCGAUCACCUCUGCACCACCACCUCCGUCGCAGUUAGCCCCGCUUUCACUCACGAUCGUAUUUGGCUCAACGGCAAGGAGGUCUCUCUUUCUGGAAGCAGAUUUCAGAAUUGCUUGAGAGAAAUUCGGUCACGUGCUAGUGAUGUCGAGGACAAGGAGAAGGGCAUUAAGAUUGCAAAAGAGGACUGGGAGAAACUGCAUGUACAUAUUGUUUCCUAUAACAAUUUUCCUACUGCUGCCGGAUUGGCGUCAUCAGCUGCGGGCUUGGCAUGCCUGGUCUUCUCAUUGGCUAAGCUAAUGAAUGUGAAAGAAGACCACAGUCAACUGUCUGCUAUUGCAAGGCAAGGCUCAGGGAGUGCAUGCCGCAGCCUGUUUGGUGGAUUCGUCAAGUGGGUUAUGGGAAAAGAGGAAAAUGGCAGUGACAGCAUUGCUGUCCAACUUGCAGAUGAAAAGCACUGGGAUGAUCUUGUUAUCAUCAUUGCAGUGGUAAGCUCGCGACAGAAGGAGACCAGUAGUACCUCUGGGAUGCGUGAUUCCGUUGAAACCAGUGCACUUAUCAAAUAUAGAGCAAAGGAAGUAGUACCAAAACGAGUAAUAGAGAUGGAGGAAGCGAUACAAAAGCGUGAUUUUCCAUCAUUUGCCCGGCUGGCAUGUGCGGACAGUAAUCAGUUUCAUGCUGUUUGUCUUGAUACCUCACCGCCUAUUUCUUACAUGAAUGAUACAUCUCAUAGGAUUAUCAGCUGUGUUGAGAAAUGGAAUCGUCAUGAAGGAACUCCUCAGGUUGCCUAUACCUUCGAUGCCGGCCCAAAUGCAGUACUAAUUUCGCAUAACAGAAGCACCGCUGCUGACCUGCUUAAGAGGCUGCUCUUUUACUUCCCCCCUCAAUCAGACACUGAUUUGAACAGUUACGUCAUCGGAGACAAGACAAUAUUGAAAGAUGCCGGCAUCCAGGGAAUUAAAGACAUUGAUGGUUUAGCUCCACCCCCAGAAGUUAAAGAGAAUAGUUCGAGCCAAAGGUACAAGGGAGAGGUCAGUUAUUUCAUCUGCACGAGGCCUGGAAGAGGCCCGGCAGUAUUAACAGACGAAAGCCAAUCCCUUAUCAACCCCGAAACCGGGUUUCCCAAGUGAAGAGAAAACCAAGGUACCAUGUAGCUUUGAUGUGUGGAAUUGUAUGGUCCUUGAGGCUUAUUCAAGUUUUGUGGCUUUAUGGUGUUUGUGCUUUUUCAUGUCUAUUGACUUGUGGUUUUUUAGUUCCCAUACUUUAAAAAAUAAGAUGUCAUACUUUUUCUAAUUUAAACCUAUGUUCAAAUGUGGGUUUUAGUUUUA